CACCGCGGUCGCGUUUAUUUAUAACUUUUUACAUUUGUUUGGUUCCAGCUUUUAUUCUGCAAUUAUCAUAAUGAUAUCUCAGAGAUAAGUACAAUCUGGAGAUAGGGUUCUGUCAAUAUGUCGGCCCGCGACCAAUUUUUAGCAUUGCCGUUACAAAAGACGCGUCGUGUGAUGUAGAUUAGACUCCAGUACCGCUUUUUUUUGGAAUUCCUUACCAGAGUUUUCCCUACUACGCAGAGAUGAAAGUCAACAGAAAUCUCAUUGCCAUAAAGGCUCAUUAUUUCUUAUUUAUGGCAGCUAUGGGACCCAUCUUACCUCAGCUAUCGGUUUAUGGCAAAGAGAUGGGCAUAUCGACGGUGGUAAUGGGCGCCGUAACCGGCAUUCUACCUGUUGCUUUCCUAGUAGCCAAACCGUUGUUUGGCAUCCUCGUCGAUAUCUACAGGGACUACAGGAAGGUCAUAUUUAUGACGCUGAUCUUCGUGAUGACAUUGUCGUUCAGCCUGAUCGCUUUUAUUCCUGCGACGACGCAGCUGAGCCGCUCGGUAGUCAGCGGUCAGCUGGAGGAUUUUUACUUGGAUACAUGUAAAGUCAUAGAAAGCACCAACGCCUCAUCGUGUGCCAAUUUUACCCGCAUCGUGAAUUGCGAGUCGGAAUGUUUCGCACAUCCGCACACCUUCAGGAUUUCGAAUUGCGGAGCAGCGCAUCACAAGCUCUGCUCGACCAAAACCAACACGUCACUGGGUUACCUUAUGAGCAGCAACUGCGAUAUCACUUGCAAAUACGAAGUGGAAGUCGACGGCGAGCUGUAUCGGUCAGUGGCGUUCUGGGGGUUUUUGGUGCUGAUGUCGGUCGGCACCGUCGGCUUCAACGUGGUCAACUCCAUAAGCGACGCCAUUUGUUUCGACGUCAUAGGGGACGAUCAUGAUUACGGCAAGCAAAGGGUAUGGGGCACCAUAGGAUUCGGACUGACGGCCCUGGUAGGCGGUUACGUGGUCGACAAAUUUUCUGACCAGAAGAUAUCAUACAUUCCCGCCGUCAUAGUGAUGGUCUUCUGUUCCUGCCUCGAUCUGGUCUGCUGCGUAAAACUAAAAUUGCCCGUUAUCGAACCGCCGAAGAACAUCCUCAAAGACAUCAAGCAACUGUUCGGCAACAAAAGAGUGGCGACUUUCAUGUCGUACGCCGUCUUGGCAGGGAUCAUCGACGGAUUCAUCAUCUACUUCUUGUUUUGGUACGUCGAAGAUUUGGCGGCCGCCACUGACGUCACCAACAUUAAACUUCUCGAAGGGUUGAUCGUGGCCGCGGAGACCCUGGGGGGGGAAAUCAUAUUUUUCUCGGUGUCAGGAAAAAUCCUGGAACGCAUCGGCCACGUGUCCUGCUUCAGCAUGUGUUUCCUCGCCUACGCCCUUCGGCUCAUGUUCAUUUCGGCCGUCCCGCACCCCUGGUGGAUACUGCCCAUCGAGUUCGUCUUCCAAGGACCCACGUACGCGCUCACUUACACCGCGAUCGUAGCGUACGCCAACGAACUGGCUCCGCCCGGGGCUUCGGCUACCAUGCAGGGAAUAGCAGCCGGCAUGGACGACGGCGUGGGCUACGCAAUAGGUAGUGUACUGGGUGGAGUCCUCUACAAAUUCGCCGGAGGCAGGAUCGCCUUCCAAGUUUUCGGCACGGUCGCUUUGGUUUGUGGCGUGUCCCAUCUGGUGAUCCACAAGACGCUGCUCAAAGACAACGACAGCCCUCCGCAUUCCGUAUCGAACGGCACCGUCUACAAGACGCCGGAAGAUGCCGCUAGGAUCGCCGUCGAUCAUUCUGACCGGUUCGAGAAAUAGUCGAGCAUAGUGAUAUGACGUUAUAUCCAAAGGCAGCAUAAUCGAAAGCCAGUCAUCUCCCCACUCUUUUUAUAAUGGGGUGGGGAUAGAACCGGUUCCAGUAGACAGGGCCGGUUAUUUACUAUAUUGUGACAAAACUUUAUAAUCAAAGUCGCUUAAUAUAAAAAACGCACAUUUUAAAAUAGGUUAAAUAAUACAGGGUGUUUCGCGGAUACUAUGUUUCGAAAUACAACACCCUAGCUAUUUUUGCAGGAAUUUCGCCAAUCUUACGAAUUUUAUUUUUUUUUUUUUUUUUUGUAUUUUUUAAAUGAAACAUGCUGUACGUUGUGGUAUUCCUUUCGAUAUAAGGUCAUUGCGUUGGUGUAGCCUAUUAUGGGGAGUAAAGAGGUGAGCCAAACUGCGAAACGAUCAACAGCCCUUUCCCUGUACUCUUCGUUUAUUUUUUUAAAUUUUGGUAAGCAAAAGUAUUUUUUUUAUUUUAUUCUUAGCGCGUAUGGCUAAAUUUGUUUUUCUAAUCUUAAACCAAUUGGAGCGUGCUUUUUCGUUUUUAAAGUUUUUCGUUUUUUAAUUGAAUGUUAAUAACAAUAUCUACUCAUAAUGUAAUCUCGAGGAUUGCUUAAAAAACGAUUAUCUGGUAAUUUGGAUUCUGCUUUCUGUAAACUAAUUUUUAUGGAAUAUGUAUUCCCCUAUAAUAACAUUUGCCCUACAUAAAGGGUAUUGAAAGUCGCAAAAAUGAACUAUUUUGAAACCGCUCUAGCUAUUUCAUUGGAGUUUUGCACACUGCUUUCAAGACAUAUUUUUUCUUUAAAUGUACCAGUGUCGUUUUUUUUUAAAAAAUAAUGCGACACCGCUGUUUCUUAAAAUUGUUUUCGAAAUCCUCGUUUAUUUCGGAACAAAUCUGAUCUCUCGAUAUUUUUCCAAACAUUGCACCAUUUUGAUGCCAAAAUUAUAAUAGAAAUAUUAAGCAUUAAAAACCUAAAGUUCCAAUUUCGUACGGAUGUCGCUUUUUAAUUUUGUUAAACAUAUUUCUUUUGCUGCUUGAAAGCAGUCUACAAAAUGUCGGUGGUUUGAAAAUUAUGAUAAAGAAAAAAACUUGUUUUCCUUCCACCCUGUAUUUCGGAAAGGACUCGGAAUUCGGAAUAUGCCAUAUAGAUUUGGUGCAUUAACUUCAUAACACCCUGUAUAGCGCCCAUCUGUUCCAAACUUAAUUCAUAGUUCGGCUGACCUUGUGCCCUUAGUUUAAUUUGUUUUGGUUUCGCUCGUGUUCUUUAAUUUCUGAAUAAAUGAACCGAAAAAAGAUAAGAUGUAAAAAGAGACUGAUCCCAAAUAAACCAGAGCUGAUUAUAUUUAUAUACUGAUAUU